UCCCCUCAGGCACCAUGGAGAAACAACAAUAUCUCCUUUUUGAACAAAGAUGCUCCUGUCUCAGAACAAGGAGAGAAGAUCAUUGGCUUCUAUCUACUGGCUCUGGGAGAAUUGUGGAGAAAGAAGAGAAAACCAGACACAUGACAGAGGGCUAGACAAAUUCGUGGAGGAUAAAGCUAUCAGAGACUAUGAGCCACAGUGACUAUCUUCUCCCUGCAGCGUUGGAGGCACUACGACUCUGAAUGGGGCUUUCUGGGAACCCCAAGUGGGGAGAGUGCUCUUGUGCUCCGGUCUUGCUUGUGGGCUUCUCAAAAGCAUCUUGUUGGCCACAGUAAGAGCAGGAUGCUGGACUAAAUGGACCUUUGGUCUGAUCAUACCAGGCUUUCCUUGUGUUCUUAAAAUUAUCUUCAGAUAUACUCAAGGAUGCCCAAUUCAAAAAAGGAAAGGAAAAUGGUUACAUGUCCAGUGGGUUGAAAGCCUCUUGAUAAACAGAUGGUCCCCAUCCGCAGAUUGAUGUUGCAGAGUAAGGGUGGGGAACCUCCAGCCUGGGUGCAGGAUGCAGCCCUUCAGGCCUCCUCAUCCAGCCCUUCCUUGUCCAUGCCACAGUCCUCACUGGCCCAGCUCUGUGCCCUCUUGAGUGCUUCUCCCUGGCUGGAAUGGGUCUUUGAUCUGCAAUGAGGCCUCUUGCUUGCCUUGCUGGAAAAAGAUGCACAUGGAAACCUGUAUCUUUGAAUGUAGCCCACUGUACAAAGGUAAGAGCCCUUUCCAUGACUUCAUGCACUUUUGCUUCUGAUCUGCCCCACUAUGAGCUCUCCCUCCUCUGAUCUCUCCCACCAACGUGGCCUCCAAAGGCUUCUGCAUGAUGGAAUCUGGCACUCAGAUGGACAAAGGUCACUUAACCCUGUGGUGAAACUUUCUAAAUCCUGCCUUUGCCAAGUCUCUUUGGCCCUUCAAGCAAUGCUUCUUGAAGAAACUACUUUUGCUAGUAUGACCAUCUUACCCAUCAGUCUACCAGUAUUAUUUUCCUAUGUCUGGGAAGAAGUUACAUGCAUUUAUUUUAAUGGUAUGCUCCUAUCUCCUCUAUAGGGUUUCCUGGUCAGGGGCAUUCCCAGACCUUGAUUUCAGGGCCAAAUCUGAGGCCUGAGGGCAUGUCCCUGGUGAUCUCAUUAAGCAUGACACAAUCCUAACCAUUAUCUACUGAGAACUAAGUCCUAUGAUGUUCAGUGGGCUAUUAGUAAGGAUUGACUAUGGAUCCUUCACAAACUUAUCCAUAGCUCAUUGUCAACUGCUCUUGAACAGCUGGCUUUAACAAUGCAAUUGGCCAUCAGUACGGCAUGCAUUUAAUUUCCUUCUGACCUCACCCUCCUCACCAACACGUAUGCUAUUAUACAGUUUGUUACUUUUUAAGGUACCACAACAUAUUCUUGCAUGUUCAUUAAAAAGCAAAUAAGAAGAACACACAGUCCCAUUCCUCACUUACGUUCAGCUGAUUGCAGCACUACAAGGUUCCAGUGUAGAAGCCGCGAUAAUUAUAAUGUUGUGUGUUCGUGCUGUGAAGUGUUUCCUACUUGACAAGGGCUGCUUUUUGCAGCUUUUCAUUCUGAGCAUUUCCUUUUAUUUUCCAGGUUGGAUGUCUUGGUUUGGGAACAGCAUUGUAAUUUUUGUACUCUAUAGACAGCGGGCUACCCUUCAGCCCACGGACUACUUGACAUUUAACCUAGCUGUAUCUGAUGCCAGUGUGUCUGUCUUUGGUUAUUCCCGCGGGAUCAUUGAAAUCUUCAACGUAUUCAGAGAUGAUGGAUUUCUGAUCACAUCCAUAUGGACUUGUCAGGUUGAUGGAUUUCUGACACUGCUGUUUGGCCUUGCUAGCAUUAACACACUCACAGUGAUUAGCGUGACUCGCUAUAUAAAAGGAUGUCAUCCAGACAGAGGGCAUUGUAUCAACAAUAGCAACAUCAAUGUGGCCCUUUUUCUUAUAUGGAUAGCAGCUUUCUUCUGGUCAGUAGCUCCAGUCCUGGGAUGGGGCAGUUACACAGAUCGCAUGUAUGGAACAUGUGAAAUAGACUGGGCAAAAGCUAACUUCUCAACCAUCUACAAGUCUUAUAUAGUGUCCAUUUUCAUCUGCUGUUUCUUCCUGCCUGUGUCUGUCAUGGUUUUCGCUUAUGUGUCCAUCAUCAAUACUGUCAAGUCGAGCCAUGCAUUAAGCGGAGCAGGUGACCCAACUGAUAGACAGAGGCGAAUGGAACGAAGCGUCACAAGGGUCUCCAUAGUCAUUUGCACAGCCUUUAUCACAGCCUGGUCCCCAUACGCGGUCAUCUCCAUGUGGUCCGCCUAUGGUUACUCUGUGCCCAAUUUAACCAGCAUCCUCGCCAGCCUUUUUGCAAAAUCUGCCAGCUUCUACAACCCCAUCAUCUACUUUGGAAUGAGCUCCAAAUUCCGGAAGGACAUCCUCGUCUUGCUGCACUGUGCCAAAGAGAUCAAGGACCCUGUGAAGCUCAAGCGGUUCAAGAACCUCAAGCAGAAGCAGGAGAACUCGCCUUCUCAGAGAGAGGAGAAAUACGCGCCAGAAGUUCAUCCUGCACUGAGUCCUGAUUCUGGUGUGGGGAGUCGUUCUAACACCCCACCCCCUGUCAACAGGGAGGUGUAUCUUGGUGCUUUUGAUACCCCGUCCAACAACCCUGAUAUCGAAUGCGACAGGCUGUGACCCAGCUGUUCAAAACAUGCAGCCGGUGAACACAACCCAUAGGAUACUGCUGCCCUAUUUCCUUUCACCCCUGCCCUUUCCUCUAGCACUUAACAUGGCAUACCAGCUUGACUUCCAAUGAAGCAGGACACAUAAAACCAGCACUAAAAGCAUGUGCGGUCAUAGGGGAGACUCAUAAAAAUUGCUGCGUGGCUGAUUAAAUAUAAAGGUGAGCAGCACAUCUAGCCUGAGCAGGGAUUCGUUUCCCCCUCUGCAGCUGCAAGUGAAAGACGCUUUUGUGGGAAAAUCCAUUCACUGGCAUGUAAAAAAAGAAAAACAAAAUCGCCAAUAUUUUCUCCACCUAAAUAAUAUAAUUCAGAAGUUCCAUAUCUUUUUGGCUGGUUUUAUUUCUUGCUUAAAAUCCUGGCUUUAUUCACUUUGCUCGCAGUCCUCACAACAGUGCAUUUACUCAGGGGCCGGUCAGGAAAUAGCACUGCAAUGCUGCUCCACAGUCAGCCACCAGAGGGUGGAUAAUCUUUUAACAUACUCCCUGUGGGAGACUAAACAUUUCAGGUCCCAGGUGCUGCCUACCGGAGAGCAGUUAUGAGAACCAAAACCCUUGUUCUUAAAUCUGAAGGCUGCCGCUGAGCCACUAGAGCCGAAGUCCUGAGUCCUUAAUCGCAGGUGCAGUUAGGUCAUUUUAGACUCCGGAUUUAAUGGUCUUAUGGGAGAAAGCCCUCUUUAGAUAGUAACAUGCAUCAAUUCACUUACUUCCAAACGCUGCUUGCCAGCGGGGAGGAGGGGCCUUCCUGUUCCUCUUCUGAAUGGGACCCUUGGACUUCAUCCCCCAAAGCCCCACUUUGACAGAACCUCAGGCCACAGGUGAGAUGUAAUAAACUGCCCUGCACGCCAUAUUGACGACCUGGUGCUUUUCAUGCCUGUUGCUAUUGCUACCAUGUUUUCCCGCCUGAAUUAAGAAGUACAAAUGACACCUUUGCCCUGCUAAUUGUGGGUAAUAUGUAGAGGAGGCAGAUUGAGGUGAGGAAACGGCGUCCCUCUUUGUCCUCAGAAGCAGCGUCACCUAGCUUUACUGAUUUAUAAUUAUAUCUAUAUACCGCCACUUCUAAAAAAAAAAAUCACAGCAGUUUACAACCAUUGUACAUAAAACCAUAUAAUACAAACCAUUAUUCUAUUAAAAAAAGACAAAUCAAAGAUCAACUAACUACCACAGAAGGAUUUUUUUCUUAAUUGCCAACACCAGCUUCAUGGCAAAACCACAACAGAUCAAACCAAACCAAGAAAUGAGUUUAAUAUGUAGCAGGAAGGUAUGUACCUUGUUUUGUCUUAAAUAAUUGCAGGUGCAGAAGAACCUAAUUCUUACUGGGAAGACAUACUUCUUUUUUUAAACAAGGCUCCAAAAUACAUGGGAGUGGGGGAGACUUCUGAUAAUUAGUAGGAGGCCGGUGACAUUCAUGGGUUUGCCAUCCCAGUAAGAAUGAGGCUCCUUUAUCAUCAUUUCAGGAAUAGCAAGUUAUGCAGCUGAAUGCUAUGUCCCUACUUUGGCCCUCAUAGAAUUAUCUUAUCUCUAAACCUUCUGCCAAGCAGGACCCUCAUAUUAAUAAAAGAGAGAGAUUGGGAUUUGUAUUGCUUAUCUCUCCACUGAAAAGGGGGGUGUUGCUCAUGCAGGGGGGAAGAAAAUCCCUAGCAAAACCCUAAUAGGCAUACUUUAUUUUUUGUGAAAUAAACAGAAAUGUCACAGGAGAGGUCUUAUAUUUAUACAAAGGUGCUAAGGCUAAGUAGGAACUGCUGUUGUAGUUAGAAGUAAGUUUGGGGCAUACAAAAAUUUGGGGGGGUCUUAGGGUCUCUCUAUGGCCAGCAUUUGAGGGGUUUACUUGCCCUUCUAUCAGAGAGCCCUUAAAAUGCCAGUGAUGAGACCAGGAGCCUGCAGUCAUGCGCCAUGAAAAGCACACUGCUUCACUAUAUAAAGAGAGCUCUUUGUGUUUUUAAAAUGAUUUGGCAUGGAUUUCAGGCCCUGGUGCAGCAUUUUCAACAUGGAUAUAAACAACUUUCUUUCUCAUUUGGCUUUUUAUACAAAGACUGCCAUGACAACAGCACAGUAUCCAUGAGUGGGCACAUGUGAUAAAGAUCUGUGCUCUGGAAUAUUCUUUUUUCAUGCGCCUAUAGAAUCCUAUUUGUACAUUUGACCACCAAAUGUGGUGUGUGUGGGGGGGCUCAUUAUCAUUUUUAAAACUUGUGGAAUUUUACACUCACUGGCAUGAUGGGAGGGGGCGGGGGAGAGCCCAAUGUGUCUUUGCAAAAGGUUCAUUUUUCUAUUUGUAUUCCUUGGGAUGGUUACAAAAAAACCUUCCUUUCCUCCCUCAGCAUGUUUGUUUUGAGAUUAUCAUCUCUAAUUUCAAUUUUAAAACAAAUAAACUUUAUAAGCAAUAAGAAA